CGUCGCACGAGACGGGUGUAUCGCUGCGAGCAACAAACGGCAUCGAACUAAAACACGACACGAAUCGAACUCGCGAACAUGAGCUCGUAGUCGGUGCAGCGAGGGUUAUCCUCAUGAGACCGAAGCCAUGAUAUUUAAAGCGGGAGGUAAGCCUCCGGGCAAGAGUCCUCCAAAGACAGAGAAGGUAGCCAAGACGGAGGAGUGUGAACCAUGCCCGGGGGAUCCGUGGCUAUAUUGUGCAGUGUUGUGGUGUGCGUGCGCGAUGAGCCUGAUCUCGAGCGGGUACAGCCUGUACCGGCAGCAGGGGCUGACGGAGCGGCUGGCCCUGCUGGAGGAGCAGCACCUGGCGCUGCGCAGCGCGGUGCUGGAGCCGCAGCAGCCGCUGGUGGAGCGGCUGCGGCGCGAGGUGCUGUCGCGCCCGCACUGGCGCCCUGCCAGGAGCAUCCGGGACUAUGGAGACUGCGUUUGCCCUCCAGGUCCGCCGGGGCCGCCGGGCAAGAGGGGGAAGAAGGGCAAGAAAGGAGACACCGGCGAGCCGGGACCUCCGGGGUUACUGGGAGCGCCAGGAAAAAACGGAUUCCCGGGUCCAAUAGGAUUAGACGGGCCGAAAGGAGAUCCCGGCCGGCCGGGGGACAAAGGGCAGAAGGGGGACCACGGGAGCCCCGGAUUUGAUGUAUUCUCAGCCGUCAAGGGCAUCAAAAGAUCGGUGGACAACUAUAAGAUGAGUCCCUACACUACUGCCGAAAUCAUAGCUGUUAAGGGAGAACCUGGUGAGCCAGGUCCACCGGGGCCUCCAGGCCCGUCCGGAGCUGACGGCGUGGCGGGUGCAGAGGGCAGGCCGGGGCCCGCCGGCGCAGUCGGGCCCGCUGGCCCGAUCGGCCCCGCCGGCCCACCAGGUCCCAUCGGACCAACUGGGCCACCUGGACCUAUAGGACAUAAGGGCGACAAAGGCGACAAAGGCGAGCGCGGCUUCACCACGACGUUGAAGGGCGACGCGUUCCCCACCGGCAUCAUCGAGGGCCCGCCCGGCCCGCCAGGCCCGCCCGGGUCGGAGGGCGCGCGCGGCGAGCGGGGAGCGACGGGCGCGCCCGGCCCGCCCGGCGAGCGCGGCGCACGCGGCAAGCGCGGCAAGCGGGUAACCGCCCUCACUGCGCACCGUACACACGCACACGCACACAAGCACACAAGCACAACACGCACACCGGCUACGGCUCACCACACAUGGCUACCGCUUCAGGUGCUUAGUAACGAGUCACGCGAGAGCGGCUCUCAGCCACCAUUGCACAGGCUUAUUGACACAGGAACUGCGGGAGCGGCCGGCCCGCGCGGCCCGCCCGGUCUCGACGGACGCCCCGGAGACGCGGGCGUGCCCGGCCCGCCCGGGAAACCAGGUGAGAUGGGUCCAAAGGGCGAGAAAGGAGACUACGGUGACAUGGGAUCCCCGGGCAUGUUGGGCGCCCCGGGGCUGCCCGGGCCGCCCGGCUACCCAGGCCUCAAGGGGGAGAAAGGCGACAAGGGAGACUCGAAGUACAGAAAGCUGAGACGAAGACAAAACUUGCAGGGAGACGGCACGGGCUACGAGCUGUAUGGACAUGAAAUAAUGAUGGGGCCCCCUGGCGCGCCGGGCCCCGCGGGGCCUCCUGGCGUUGCGGGCCCGCCCGGCAUCAAAGGCGACAAAGGCGACCCGGGCAUUCGGGGGAAAUCGGGGGAACGGGGUGAAAAAGGAGAUCCUGGUCCGAUGGGUUUACCGGGCCCCGUGGGGCUACCCGGCGAGCCCGGAGAGCCCGGGGAGCCCGGUCGACCCGGCGACUCGGGGCCUCGCGGUCCGCCGGGCCUGGACGGUAUGAAGGGUGCACAGGGAGAGCCGGGUGGCAAGGGCGAGCGCGGUGACCCGGGACUUCCCGGAACGGACGGAAUCCCCGGGACGGAGGGGCCGAAGGGUGAAAAAGGUUACAAAGGAGAACCGGGGCCGAGCGGCAAGCGCGGGCGCAAGGGCGACAAGGGCGAGCGCGGCGAGCAGGGCGUGCCCGGCCUCGACGCGCCCUGCCCGCUGGGACCCGACGGCCUGCCGCUGCCCGGCUGCGGCUGGCGGCCCUCCAAGGAGGCGGCGCGCGAGGAGCGGCCGGGCGGCUCGCACGAGGACGCGGACGGCGAGGCGGAGGACGCGGACGAGCCGGGCGAGUACGACACGCGCGACGACGAGCUGGAGCACGCGCGCGACUACGAGGAAUACCCCGACGGGCCCCUCGACCCGCGCCGCGACUGAGCGCCCCGCAGGACGCGAUGCUGGCGUGGGUGCGGCGCCGCCUGGAGCUGGACCGCGAGGACAACGAGCUGCGCGCCGGCCGCCUGGCCUGACCGCCCGGGCCCCUGUCCUCUGCGCGACCGUCUACCGCUUACACUGUAAUUGCCAACUUAAAAUCAUUAUUAAAUUAAAUACCUAGCUGUAUUUAUCAUCCGAGAUUAAAUUAUUACGUAGCUACGUUUUCUGUUAACAAAAUUAUAUUUUUUGGAUUAAUGGAAAUAUAUUACAUUAGUCUACUGCUACUGUUCUAGUGCUUGUAUAGAUGAAACCUGUAUAUUAUGACUAGGUACAUCUCCUGUGAGAUAUAUCGAAGAUAUUAUAAUUGGGGAAGAAAUAGGUGGAAAUAGGCAGAUGAAUAAAAAUCGUUCUCCCAGCGCAUUUUUACCUCCAAACAUAAACAAUUAACGAGUAAAUAACUUAUAUUGCUGUAACAUAUUAUAAUAAAUAAUCAUAUAAGUAAGAUAAUUUUUAUAUUUUGGAAUUUACUAUAUAAGAUUCUGUUCAGCGAAUUGUGUACAAAUCGAAACGGAAUUAUUAGGGCGGCCAUACACGGACCGCUUCAAGCAGUUGAGACCGACGCCGCGACCGCGCGGUGAACUAUGGACAUUCAUUCACUGCCGUAGACGGACUGCUCGGCCUUCGCGACCGCUUCCAGCCGUCAACUGCGCGGUUUGUAGCGACUGCUCGAGCAGUCAACGACCGACCGCUCGAGCCGUUUGAACAUGAACCCUCGGCAUGGGUAUCGGAACAGGAAAACCGCUGCAAAGUUCUCAUUGACCUCGUUGCAAUACCCUGUCGGCGCUUUUGUCAUAUUUGGAAAGUUUAUACGUGUCGAUGUUCGUUAGAGUCGUGAAUAUAUUAUGUACUAUAGAUAGCAAAUAACUGAAGUACAACAAGCGAGUUACCGCAGCAUUAGUCCGUUAGCGUUCGUAGCGAAGCAGCUGAGUUGUGCGCGGCGUGCCGGGCGCGGCUCACUCACUUCACCCAGCUACCCGCUUGUAGAACUAACACAUUUGUAAAUAUCCAUUUUAUAUUAAGAUAUACCUAACUAAUAAGACUAUGAUAAUAUAUUUUUUUAAAGGAUUGUGGACUGUAUAUAAGAAGUUUUUAUUUAUAAAAAGCUACUUGUAUAAUUUAAUGAUUGUAAUUAUAAGUUAAUACAGAGAGUAAUUAAAUAAUGCUAAGUAAGAUAAUAAUUAGAUUGUUGCUGUAAAUAAUAAUUCUUAAUUUCGAUGUAAACUCGGGUCGGAAUCCAAGAUCUAUUCAAGUAGGUUAUGACGGGGUUUCAUUUUAGAUUUAGAUACUUACUCGCAUCUUACUCGGAUUUUAAAAAUUGACAAUCUAAGUAAAUAUUAUAUCGAAGGAUAAAAUUGUUUCAGAUCUUUAUUUGUUUUUACAUUUCAGAAUUGAGUUUUUAUAAGAGGUUAUAGCUAAACUCAAAAAUACUAUGUACCUACCUAAUGCAAACACCAUUAUAUUAUAUUAUCUAAGUACAUAGGUACCUAUACUUUGAAAAAAUAAUAUAUUUAGUCUUAUUGUAACUAAUAAUUAAUAAUAAGGUAUGUAAUGAAAACAGAUGUUUUGUAAAUAGUUAUGCUCGUUAAAUGUAUAAAUUUCAAAUACUAUGAAUGUUUAUUUAAGAAUAAAAGCAGUGAUUUUUUUA